AAAUUUCAAAUCUAUCAAACGGUCACCUCGUCAGCUCUUCCCAUUUUGAAUUUCAACACCCCGCCCCAUUUCUCAUUUCGAAAACCAGCAAAGAAGACACCCACCGAGACCCUCUCUCUCAGUCUCUCCCCAUUUUUCCCCCCAACCCUACAGCUUAAUUCCAACCAACUCCGUCAACGAUGCCGUUGAUAUCGGAGGCGUCGAGCGCAGUGAAGUCCAGAUUCGGAUUCCAUGACCCCCAUCACCACCAUAGUUCGUCGGAGCAGCCGCCGCCGCCGCAGGCGAUGCCGGCUGUCAAGAGCUCGCCGGAUCUACGGAUACUGAAAUCAACUUGCAAAGAUCGGAGUGAGAAUUCCGACGGUGACAGUGCGCAAACGGCGGCGUCUAACCAACUGCGGACUUUCGAGUUCCGUGAAGACCCUGCUUUCUGGAAAGACCACAAUGUUCAGGUUAUUAUUAGAGUACGUCCUUUGAAUAGUUCAGAGAUAUCUUUGUAUGGAAAUAGUCGAUGUCUCAGGCAAGACAGUUCACAGACAAUAACUUGGAUUGGGCAUCCAGAGUCACGCUUUACAUUUGACCUCAUUGCAGAUGAAAAUGUUACCCAGGAGAUGAUGUUUAAAGUUUCUGGAGUGCCUAUGGUUGAAAAUUGUGUAGAAGGUUACAAUAGUUGCAUGUUUGCUUAUGGCCAGACUGGAAGUGGCAAAACACAUACAAUGCUUGGAGACAUUGAAGGAGGCACUCGAAGACAUAGUGUAAAUUGUGGGAUGACACCUCGAGUCUUCGAGUACCUGUUUUCAAGAAUUCAAAAGGAAAGGGAGGCACGCAGGGAGGAGAAGAUACGAUUUACUUGCAGGUGUUCUUUUCUUGAAAUAUACAAUGAGCAAAUUCUUGAUCUCUUGGAUCCUUCCUCUGUUAAUUUACAGAUAAGGGAAGAUACUAAGAAAGGGAUUCAUGUGGAGAAUCUCACUGAGGUUGAAGUUACAAGUGCUCGAGAUGUGAUACAGCAACUUGUUCAGGGUGCUGCCAACAGGAAGGUAGCUGCAACAAAUAUGAAUCGUGCUAGCAGUCGUUCUCACAGUGUUUUUACUUGUGUCAUUGAAAGUAAGUGGGAGUCCCAAGGUGUAACUCAUCAUCGGUUUGCACGCCUUAACCUUGUUGAUUUGGCAGGUUCUGAAAGGCAAAAAAGUUCAGGUGCUGAAGGUGAACGACUAAAGGAAGCUACUAACAUCAACAAAUCUCUCUCAACAUUGGGGCUUGUGAUUAUGAACCUUGUUAGCAUGUCCAAUGGGAAGACACUCCAUGUUCCUUACCGAGAUUCAAAGUUGACAUUUUUGUUACAGGAUUCGUUGGGAGGGAAUGCAAAAACAAUCAUAAUUGCGAAUGUUACUCCUUCCAACAGCUGCUCACUGGAAACUCUAAGCACAUUGAAGUUUGCUCAGCGUGCCAAAUUCAUAAAGAAUCAUGCUGUUGUAAAUGAAGAUGCUUCUGGAGAUGUUAUUGCAAUGAGGAUGCAGAUUCAAAAUCUGAAGAAAGAAGUUGCUCGUCUUAGGAGUAUGGGUAAUGGAGGAGGUGAUGCUUAUGAAACUGAUUCAAGGACAAUAGCCUUGCCAGGAUCACCAACAUCUAUCAAAUGGGAAGGACUUCAUGGAUUUGCAAGCCCACUUGCAUCAGGCAAAAAGAUGUCAUAUAAAAAGGACUAUGAAGUUGCCCUUGUUGGAGCUUUUAGGAGGGAAAAGGAUAAAGACAUCGCUAUGCAGGCAUUGGUUGCUGAAAAUCAGGCUGCCUUGCAGCUGGCAAAACAAAGAGAAGAUGAGAUACAAGGGCUGAAGAUGAGACUAAGGUUUCGAGAAGGUGCAAUCAAAAGGCUGGAAUCAGUUGCUUCAGGAAAAAUUUCGGCUGAGGUUCACUUGUUAAAAGAGAAAGAGGAGCAUUUGAAAGAAAUAGAAGUUCUACGGAAUCAAGUUGAUCGUAACCAAGAAGUGACAAGGUUUGCUAUGGAAAACCUGCGAUUGAAGGAGGAAAUAAGAAGAUUGAAAUCAUUCUAUGAAGAAGGUGAACGGGAAAGGAUGAAUGAGCAAAUCAUGAUACUGGAGAAUCAGUUACGAGAAGCUCUAGAUUGGAAACUCAUGCAUGGUUCGGAUCCCAUUAAUACCCAGGAAGAAAGUUCUGAUGAGCUUGCAACUGAUAUUAACAAUGACAGCAAUUUGCUAUUCUCCAAUCAGAAACCUGCCACACCUAUGCAUACUGCAGCCGAUGAGGAAAACGAGUUCCUUCGCUUGCAGGCAAUUUACAACCAAUCAGAACUGGACGCCCUGCGUAAAAAACUUGAUCUUUGUGUAGAGGAGAAAGAAAAAUUGGAAAGGCAUGUGAAUGACUUGGAAAAAGAGAUAGAAUCAGAGAGAUCUUCUAAAGCAGCUAUCCUGGAAGAAUCUCAUAAAGUGCAAUCUGAUCUUUCUUCUCUAACAAACUGUCAGAUGCCAAAUAUUGGUAUCAGUGAUCAGAUGGAACUUGAAGCCAUGGUUGAUGCUAUUGCAGCUGCAAGCCAAAGAGAAGCCGAAGCUCAUGAAACAGCUAUAUCCUUGUCUAAAGAAAAUGAGGAACUAAGAGCGAAGAUUAAGGUCUUAAUUGAGGAUAACCAAAAACUGAUUGAACUGUACGAACAAGCGGUUGCAGAGAACAGUGCUAACCUUAGAUGCCAGAAUUGUCAAGAUGACUCCCAUAAGUUAUCUGAAGAUACUGCAGAGAGGGAACUCCGGAUGAAAGGGGAAGUUGAGCGCCUAAACCGUCAACUCAUGGAAAUGCAUGAAGAAAAUGAAAGAUUGAUGGGUCUUUACGAGAAUGCUAUGCAAGAUAAGAACAGAGAGGUUAAGUGCCUAAACAGUCAACUUGUGGAAAUGCAUGAUGAGAAGGAACUCCAGAUGAGAGGGGAAGUUGAGCGCCUAAACCGUCAACUCAUGGAAAUGCAUGAAGAAAAUGAAAGAUUGAUGGGUCUUUAUGAGAAUGCUAUGCAAGAUAAGAACAGAGAGGUUAAGUGCCUAAACAGUCAACUUGAGGAAAUGCAUGAUGAGAAGGAACUCCAGAUGAAAGGGGAAGUUGAGUGCCUGAACCGUCAACUCUUGGAAAUGCAUGAAGAAAAUGAAAAAUUGAUGGGUCUUUAUGAGAAUGCUAUGCAAGAGAAGAAUAGAGAGGUGAAGUGCCUAAACAAUCAACUUGUGGAAAUUCAUGAUGAGAAUGAAAAAUUGAUGGGUCUUUAUGAGAAUGCUAUGCAAGAGAAGAAAGGAGAUGUUGAAUGCCUGAACAAUCAGCUCAUGGAAAUGCAUGAAGAAAAUGAUAAACUGAUGGGCCUUUAUGAGAAAGCUAUGCAAGAGAGAGAUGAUUUCAAAAGACUGAUUUCUUCUACUGAGAAGAAAAUUGUUGAGGAUAAAGGGGAAUCUCCAAAAUCUGGAAAAUCUCCGAUUUCUGGCACAGAUUGCUCUACUACAGAGAUGAUUGAUUCUUUUGGGCCUGACAUGCAACAUCAAAGUGAAAAUCUUUACCUAGAUGAGCACAAUAGUGUAUCUGCAAAUCCAGAACAAGUAUUCGAGGAGGCUGGCUUGAUUGAAGUAGAUGUAGAAGAUGAAUACAGUCAAUAUUCAUACAUGGGUAAUACUUCAGAUUCAGAUGAACCUCCUUUCUGCAAGACAACAGGAGUUACACAGAGUAAUCUUUCAGGAUCAGUGGCGAGUUUAACAAUUGGGGAGAAAGAAUCUGGAAUCUUAAAUGGUGAUGAGAUGGAGAAAACAGAUUGUCCUGAUUCAAAUCAGGAUGCAGGCCUUGUUUCUGACAUAGAUGAGGAAUCAUCACAUUUGAUCACAGUUGAUGUAUCAGAAGAUAUGGAGUUGGUACAAAGGAAGCUUUAUGAAGCACAAGAAAAGCUUGUAAAAUCUGCCAACACGGUGAGCAUGUUUGGCUCACUGGAGAGAGCACUUCUUGAGGUUGAUGAACUUUCAAGAAAAGUUGAGGGACUAGAAGAGAGUAUUCAGGCUAAACAGCGAGGUUUUGAAUCCUUUAAAAUUUUAUCUUCCGAACUGCUGGAAAAGAAAGCUGUGGUGGAUAAAAAGCUAUCUGCACUGAAAUACUCUUUAUCAAGCUUCUCUUCCUCAAUCGGUUACUUUGAGCUCCGUGAAACUCAAGCAAGGCAGAGGUGGAACACUUCUUUAACUGAACUUGACCCAAAGAAAUCAGCAUUAGCCCGUCUUCAAGCCUCUAAGGAUGAAUAUAUGGUUUUGCAAAUGAAAGCUAAACAGUCUGAAAGUGAACUAAUAAGCAGCCUAGCACACUUGAAAAUGAGACUGGAGGAAGAAAACCAAAGACUUGAAAGUGAUAGGGUUCUCUUUGCCAUAGACAACAUUGCAAAACCAGAUGUUGACCCCGCACAAAGGAAUUGGCACUUGAGCGGGAAAGCUACUGAACUGCUGAAGUCUGAGGAAGAGAGGACAAAGAUCCAAAAUCAGAUUAAGCAGACUCAAGAGAAACUUGGGUCAUUGAAAAAAGAAGUUGAGGAUCUGAGCAAGAAAAUGGCAAAGCUCGAAGGUCCCUUGCAGGCCAUUGAAAAGGAGGUAGAGAAAAGUUCCAAGUCAGCUAAGGAGCUGGAAGUCAAGCUUCAAACCAUCACCCGCGAGAAGGAAAUGAUAUUGAAAAUGAAGGAAGAUGGGAAGAAUGAAUUUGAAGACAUGAUUGUCGAGUACCAGCAACACCUGUUUGACGCAGCACUGAAAGAGGAAGAGAUGCAGAUUUUGAAUGAAGAAUUACAAAUGGAAUUGCAGCAAAUAGAAGAUUUAAAAAGAGAGAAAGCUCUUGCCACAACCAGAAAGAAUCAGCUGCAGGAGGCAUUAUCCUGCCAGUCGUUCUUCGUCUCAGACAAGGUAGGGGAGGAUCUCCAUGAUGUUCAACAGUCAGUCAUGGAGCUAAACUUGCUGCUUGGCAACUGCAAUAGCAAAUGACAGUUAAUUUCCUUUAUUAACUGUCGGUUAACGAUGAUGUACUAUCUACCAUUUUAAUUCUUAAAUAAUGUUCAUAAUCUUAUCUACUAUAUUCCUCUCCGAUGUAUUAGUUGAGAGCUUUGUAAAGAAAAUGCUGGGGUGCAUAGACAAAGUUUCUUGCCUAAGGUGUGCUGCCUCUCCAGUGUCAAGUCGCAUUUUGACGCCAUUGCACAAUCAUCUAUAUAGUUUUAUAUGUAAGAUUUUUUUA